UUACCAAUUUUUUUUGCUAAUCAUACGCACUUCUCAUCGUAGAAUAAUUUUAUUCUAUCGCGUAAAAUCGAGUUUUUUGUAUACUAUAAAAAUGAGUGUAUUUGUCUGUGUGGAGGUAACCUUGAGUUCGAAGAUAGGAAUGAUAAUUGAAUACAAUGUUCUAUACAAUACUGCAAUAAUUUUCACAAACUAUCCACAUAUUUAACAAAGAGAAUAAUACAAAUUCUACGUUAAAUUAUAUGGUUACGGGAUGAUUUCAAAUAAUUAAAUACAAAUAAAAUUUGUAAUAUACUUUCAGAAGCUUUAUUGUUUUAUAGGAUACUAUUAUAUUAUUGAUCCACUUUUUAAUUCAUUUUCCUGUUCCCGUAAACGACUUUUUUAUUAAACAUCAGUUUGGAAACAAUGGAAUGAAAGGACAGUAUUGUUUUAAGUUUUGGAAGUUUUUGUAAAGCAGUAUCAAAAUGGCCAUAGAAGUGGCAUCGGUGUUGCUGUUUUUUGCUGUUAGCUUUACAGCACCUAUUACUACAAAUUUUUUAUUGGAUAGAACAUGUGUUGUGAUGUUAGGUCAUAAUAAAUCUGAUUGUGCUUUAUUGGGGACUGACAAUGCUAGUUCUGCUACACAAGAACUAGAAAAACAGGUUCAACCAUAUGCAAAUGAUAUAAGCAUGGUACAGUCAUUUGUGUUAUCAAUUGCAACAAUUGUGUCCUGCUUUUUUAUCGGUUCAUGGAUUGAUAAAAAUGGCAGAAAACCAGCCCUUCUUAUGGGUAUUUUAGGUUUUACUUUCUAUAUGUUGAUAAUCCUUAUAAUCUAUUUAAUUCCAAAUGCAACACCAUGGUGGUUAAUUGUUGGCAUAUUACCAGUGAUUUUAACAGGUGGUUUUCCCACUUUUAUGACUGUGAUGUUAUGUUAUGUAAGUGAUGUGUCUUCCGAAAGUCAAAGAGGACUCAGAAUGGGCAUUUUUGAGAGUUCUAUGGCUAUAGGAGGUUUGAUAGGCACAUUAUGUAGCUCAUAUGCCUUUAACGCAGGUGGAUAUAUAACAAUGUACAGUAUAUCAGUGGUGUGUUGUUUUCUUGCAUUUUUAUAUGCACUACUGUUUGUUCCUGAAUUAGUUCAACAAGAGCAAAGUGAAAUAGAAAGGAAUAAAUCUGUCUUCAACAUUGCUAUGAUGAAGAGUACAUUUCAGACAUACUUUAAACAAAGAGAAAGCAAAGGUCGAAUAAUUUUAAUCCUUUUAACAAUUAUGUUAGUUGUGUGCUAUUUACAAUUUACAUGUGCUGAUUCUUUUACUUUCUUGUACGUAAGAGAAAAUUUUAACUGGUCGCUAAAAACAUACACUUAUUAUUCGUGCUUUAAAACGGUCAUGUCCAUACUGGGUAGCACCUUUGGAAUUUAUGUUUUUCAGAAAAUCUGUAAAGCUUCCGAAACAACAAUAAUUUUGUUUGGCUUUAUUGGAAUUAUUGUUUCUCUUUUAAUGAUCGGUUUUGCUCAAAAAAGCUGGCUGUUGUAUCUAGGGGGAUCUUUGAAUUUUUUUGGUGCAUCGAUAAGUCCGCUGACUAGAUCAAUGAUAUCAAAAAUAGUCGAUGAAAGGGAUGAAGGAAAAGUAUUCUCGGUUAUUUCGAUUAUGGAAACCCUAACAGCCAUGAUUGGAAAUCCCUUUUACACCUUCAUUUAUAAUUCUACUUUGAAUUCAUUUCCUAGUCUAAUUUAUAUUGUCUCGGCUGGAUUUUUAACAAUAGGAAUGGUUUGUGUAAUAACCAUCAUCAUAAUUAAGCGAUGUAAUAAUCAAGUGAGAUACAAUGAAUUAAAUGAGUAAAAAAUACAUAUCAAAUCCAAACGUAACAGUAAAGCUUUAAGUUUAAAAAUAAAUGGUCAAGCAUAAUAAAUAUACCUAUUUAUCAUAUUAAAAGUCCAAAUUUUUUUUUUAU